GUUCCUUGUUGUGGUAGCAAAGCCCGUUCGCCCAUGGAAGGCAAGUGAGCAACCCAGGGAGGAAGGGCGACAGCCAUCACCACCAGUGCUCCCUCUCUCGGGGUCUCUGCCUCUGUACCGUCUCCGCCUUCUUCGGACCAGCUGCACGGUUGAGGAAAGCGACGAUCAGGUUGCACUGCAGAGCGGUGCAAGAUGGGGAUAAUAAGGAGCAGCUUCUCAUUUCUACUGGGAGCUGGUUGCGGUAUUUAUGUUGCACAGAACUACAAUGUCCCCAACGUAAAGAAGCUCAUCAAUACUUAUAUUUUCGUGGCGAAACACAUAGAAGAAACCUACAGGAAGCCUAAGAAAGACGAAGACUAGUCACAAGAAUUCAUUAGCUGAAGUCAUGCCAAUAAGGCCGAUUAUGGUCCACAUAACAACACAAUACUUUCUUUGGUGAGCACAUGUACUUGUAAAAAAUCAUCGUCACCUCAUGCUUAGUUUCAAUGGAUACUGAGCACUUCAUUGUGGCUCUUCUCCUUUGAGGUUUUGUGGAUGGAAGACCUUGAAACUUAAAUGUAGCAGCUUAUUUUGUGUGGAUGAAAGAUUUGUAUGUUUGCA